UGAUACUGGUUAAGUGACAAAUAUUUCCUCAAGUAUAUUUUGGGAUGAUUUCGAUGGUUCAAUGAUUCUGUCGUUCAUAAGAGUGAGCUGUGAAUUAUAGAGAACACGUUAUGACAUUGACGGGAUGGCGCCUUUUUUUAAACAAAGCAACGGUCAUACCACAGAGGUAUGUGAUUGGAAUUUUGGGUUUAUUCGCUCUGGCAAACGCAUACACAAUGCGAGUGUGUUUGAGUAUGACGAUAACACAAAUGGUAGCCCGUGUUGCAUCGGAAGAGAUUGUUGGCGACACCUGCCCAGAUGACGAAGACUAUCUGUUUAGAAGUAAUAUGAGAAAUGAGACUAUGGUUUAUACAGGCCGUGACCGUUACGAUUGGAAUGAAAGUACACAAGGGUUUCUGUUAAGUGCCUUUUAUUAUGGCUACGUUUUGACACACAUUCCUGGCGGGUUGCUAGCUGAAAAAUUUGGCGGCAAAUGGACAAUUGGUAUAAGUCUUCUAUGUACUUCUAUUGCUACAAUUUUAACGCCAUGGGCUGUUACUAUAGGAGGUGCUACGGGACUUUUCAUUAUAAGAAUGAUUGAAGGAGCUGGUGAGGGUCCAGUAACGCCAGGAUUCAUACUGUUAUUGGCAAGAUGGGUUCCACCAGCCGAAAGGUCUAGAUUUGGGGCUAUGAUAUUUGGUGGGGCACAAAUUGGAAAUAUCUUUGGGCCGUUUAUAUCUGGCUUACUUUUAGCUGAUGGUGGAGAUUGGGCGAAUGUGUUCUACGUAUUUGGGGGACUUGGUGUUAUCUGGUUUAUAUUUUGGGCGUUGCUAUGUUUCAACACACCAAAUAGUCACCCGUUUAUUUCGGAAAAAGAACGAAAUUAUCUUAAUGAGAACAUAGUUGCAUCAGGUCUACACAAAAAAUUGGAUCCAGUCCCCUUCAAGGCUCUUCUUCGCUCAGCACCUUUAUGGGCCCUUGUCUUCGCAGCUGUGGGUCAUGAUUGGGGCUAUUUCACAAUGAUAACAGAUUUACCAAAAUAUAUAUCUGGGGUUCUUAAGUUUAAUAUCAAAGACACUGGAUUUCUGUCAGCUCUCCCUUAUUUAGCUAUGUAUCCGCUCUCCUUUAUAUUCGCUGGUUUUUGUGAUAUGUGUAUUAGGAAAGAUUGGCAUAGUAUUACAACUGGCCGGAAAAUAUACACAACUGUUUCGUCCACUCUGCCCGCUAUCUUCAUAAUUCUGGCUUCCUAUUCCGGCUGCGACGGGCCACUAGCCGUAACCAUGUUUGUUCUAGCAAUGUCUUUUAUGGCGGGCUUCUACAGCAGCGUAAAAAUAAAUGCUAUGGAUAUUGCCCCUAACUACGCCGGCACAUGUUCAGCCAUGGUGAAUGGGUUGGCAGCUUUUUCUGGGAUUAUAACUCCGUACUUGUUUGGUUUACUGACACCAGAUCAAACAGUUCAACAAUGGCGGUUAGCGUUUUGGACAGUAUUUGCUGUAUUAGUAAUCACAAAUAUUGCUUAUCUAAUAUGGGGUUCAGGAAAACAACAAUGGUGGGAUGAUGUCGAUAAGUAUGGCUACCCACCAGGAUGGAAACACGGUCCUCUGAAGAAAAGAACGGAAGAUCCUGAGAAGAAAGUGGUAAAACCAAAGCAUGAUCAUUCGCCGAUAUCUGAUGAUUAGAAUUAGAUUAAUAAAUUAUUAAUUCGAGAUAUAA